AUUCAAGUGACGUUUCAUUUAAAACUUUCUACUUGUAAUCAAGUUUAAAGUUCAAUGUACAAGUGAUAAAAAAUACUCGAGAACGAGUCUAUUAAAAUCACCGCAGUGGGCUAGUAACAGCUUGUUAUAAUGGCUGAUUUAAAAUUCGACGGUCGCGUUGUGGUAGUAACCGGAGCGGGAGCGGGCCUAGGAAGGGCCUACGCCCUUCUAUUCGGCUCCAGGGGCGCCAAAGUGGUCGUCAACGACCUGGGAGGCGGCAGACACGGAGACGGGAGCUCCUCGAACGCCGCCGACGCCGUAGUCGAUGAAAUCGUACGAAACGGAGGAACAGCCGUGGCCGAUUACAAUUCGGUCGUAGAAGGCGAGAAAAUCAUACAAACCGCUUUAAAUAAAUUCGGUAGAGUCGACGUUUUGAUUAACAACGCUGGGAUUUUAAGAGACAAAAGUUUCGCGAAGAUAUCCGAUCAAGAUUGGGAUUUGGUACACGCUGUACAUUUAAAAGGCAGCUUCAAAACAACCCAAGCCGCUUUUCCCAUCUUCAAGAAGCAAAACUACGGAAGGGUUAUUAUGACAGCUUCUAAUUCUGGACUAUACGGUAAUUUCGGACAAGCUAAUUAUUCAGCCGCUAAACUAGGACUAGUAGGUUUGGCAAACACGGUAGCCAUCGAAGGACGUAAAUACAACAUUUUCUGCAAUGUUAUUGUACCGACCGCAGCCAGUAGAUUAACCGAAGACAUUUUACCACCCGAUUUAUUCGCCGAAUUGAAACCGGAACUAAUUGCUCCUGUAGUCGCGUAUCUUUGCCACGAAAGUUGCCAAGAGAACGGCUCUAUAAUAGAGGCGGCGGCGGGCUGGGCGGGUCGUUGCGCUAUCGUUAGAUCGAACGGGGCUCUUUUGAGACAGAAACCCGAAGAUCAGGUAUCCAUCGAAGCGGUGAAAGACAAUUGGUCUACUAUUAGAAACUUAUCGAACGCUCAAAAAUUAGAUACCAUCGAAGAUGCCACCGGGGCACUCAUGGCCUCCUUGGACGCCCUAAGAGGAACCGGGGGCGAUAGAAAUGCAGAAGACGUGGAUAGUUUCGAAUUUUGCAACAAGGAUACGAUUUUAUACGCGCUAGGAGUGGGGGCUUCAGUGGCGUCCGAAAAGGAACUCAGAUACCUCUACGAAAACGACGAAUCUUUCUCCGUUUUACCGACGUUCUACAUCAUACCGGCUUUGCAAUUGCUAAUGUCUUCUUCGAACGUUUCGAACGCUGUUCCCGGCAAAGAAGUGAGCCUCGAGCAAAUCCUGCACGGCGAACAUUACUUGGAAAUCGUCGGGGAAGUACCGCAAGAGGGUAAACUGACGUCCAGAGCGAAGGUUUCCGAGGUACUCGACAAAGGAUCCGGCGCUGUCAUCGUCACAGAUGUGGAGACUUGCGAUCAAAACGGUAACGUGGUGGCUUUGAACCAGUGCAUCACGUUCGCAGUAGGCGCUGGUAAUUUCGGAGGUCCUCGGGCCGGUACGAAAGCUGUGCCUUGUCAAGCGAAGCCGAGCAGAAGCCCCGAUGUGACGGUUUCUCAGAAAACCUCGAUCGAUCAGGCCGCUUUGUAUCGCCUUUCUGGCGAUACGAACCCUCUUCAUAUCGAUUCGAACGUGGCUGCGAUUGCUGGUUAUAAGAGGCCCAUUUUGCACGGAUUGUGCACUCUAGGCUUCUCGGUGAGGCUCGUACUUUCCGCGUUUGCUGAUCACGAUGCAUCCUUAUUCAAAGCCGUAAAGGUUCGUUUUGUGAAACCCGUAUUGCCGGGAGAUACGUUGAAAGUCGACAUGUGGCGAGAGGGCAACAGAAUUUUCUUCGAAACCACUUCAGUUGAUAGCAAUCAAGUUGUUAUAGGCGGGUCCUACGUCGAUUUAAAAUCAGUUAAAUCCGCAAUUAAAUCUACACCUACAAACAUGUCGAGCCUAAAGAGCGAUGCAGUCUUCGAAUUCAUCGUAGAUCAAGUAAAACAAGACCCGGGUAAAGCCAAAUCAGUUGGAGGUGUUUUCCUAUACAACAUCACUAAAGAUGGCAAGCAAGUGAAGCAAUGGACUAUGGAUUUGAAGAAUGCCAAAGUGUUUGAAGGUAAACCAGAAGGAAAACCUAACACGACUCUGACGGUCUCCGACGAUGAUUUUAUGCAGCUAGCUGAAGGAAAAUUGAAUCCUCAACAGGCUUUCAUGAAAGGAAAAUUGAAGAUCACCGGGAAUAUUAUGUUGGCUCAAAAAUUGGCGCCGCUUUUGAAAACCAACGCUGCCAAAUUAUAAUUUUUUAUCUAUUUCUAGGUGUCAUUAUUGAUUUUUUUACUUUAAAAUGGUGUUAUAUUAUGGAUAGGUUUUGUUAUGUACUAUUGAUAUUGUGAUGGUAGUAUUUUAUAUUUACUUUAAAUAA